AUGAUCAACUUGUACACGUCUCAGGAAAGCCCUUCAGAAAUUGACUUCGGUUCUGCAGUCUCAUUUCGUUCCUGUGAAUUGGCCCAUCGCAACUUAACAGAGAACCUGACUUUGGAUCCCAAUACUGCCCAUUACCAGCUGGUUCUGUCAAAGGAUGGCAAAAGAGUGUGGCGGGGAGACAGUGCGGUGGAGACGUUACCCUGGAACAUAAAGAGAUUUGACCAUCUCCUCAGUGUCCUGACUCAUGAGGGAUUCACCUCAGGGAAACACUGCUGGAAGGUGGAUACCGGCAAUGGGAUAUACUGGGCGAUGGGGGUCGCCAGAGAGAGCGUGAGGAGAAAGGGAAGGUUCAACAUUAGUCCCGAGGAAGGGAUCUGGGCAAUUCAAGAGUGGGCUGGUGAAUACCAGGUUCUCACUUCCCCUAUGUUGGUACUCUCUCUGAGCAAUGUUCCCAGCAUGAUCUGGGUAUAUUUGGACUACGAGGAGAAGGUGGCAUUUUUCAACGCUAGGACUAAAAGCCCUGUUUUCACUUUUCCAAAGGCUUCCUUUUCUGGAGAAAGAGUUUUCCCCUGGUUUACAGUAUGGGCUUCGGGUUUCCACCUCACUCUGAUGCCCUGA